AUGGCGGGGCACGACAACCCUCAACCAACACUCGAGAUCAAGAAGCUCAGAUUCACCUACCCUGGAAUCGACGGCCAUCCACCGCCGGGUUCCACUCCUUUGAUCGACGAUUUGUCCCUCACACUCUUCCCGGGCGAUCGCUGCCUCCUUGUGGGUUCCAAUGGCGCCGGUAAAACAACAAUUUUGAAAAUAAUUGGGGGAAAGCACAUGGUUGAGCAAGAUAUGAUGGACGUUUCUGCUGAGAAAAUGAUAUUUGGAGUAGCAGGUAUCAAUCCUCAAAGGCGAGAUGAACUAAUCAAGGUUUUAGGCAUUGACCUCUCCUGGAGAAUGCAUAAAGUAUCUGAUGGCCAAAGAAGACGAGUCCAAAUCUGUAUGGGUCUUCUAAAGCCAUUCAAGGUCCUCCUGCUUGACAAGAUCACUGUUAACUUAGAUGUGCUCGCCAGAGCAGACCUCCUAUAG